GACAGAACCGCGUGGUCGGGAGCCACCUCCUCCGCUCCCUGCAUGAUCCCAAUACCGCCCAUGGCUGUCACGGACCGCGUUCGUUGCCUGCCCUUCGACGCGUUCCUGGCAGUGGUUGGGCUGGUCCGAAAGCAUAAGUAUCCCCAAUUCCACGAUGCAUCCUUGCCCAUCAAAUUUCCUGUCGCCCAGUAUACUCCUUGAUCAUGUUGCUCCUCGCCAACGCCAACCACCUCUGUCCGACUCUCAUGCUCCCUCCACCUCUCGACAUGCGCCGCCAUGGCGACCCAAACCGCCAUCAACAAGCGCCUCACGCUUGUGAUCAAUGCUCCGCUCCGCGAGAAGGAACACAAGAAAUCAAGAUGGACCAUUCAAUAUGAGUUCAAGCUCUGGCGCUUCGGCGCAUAUCAAGAAGUCCAUACAUUCGUCGUCGGCCCCGAAGCGGUGCCCUUCACGCUGCAUACGAAUCUUCUGCGAGAACGAUGUCCCACCUUCCUGGACGAGCUGCUUCAGCGCGAAGGGCAAGUGCAGCCCUCACCUGCCGGCAAGAGAGAGACCUGCCUGCUCGGCGAUAUCAGCCCGUGCCCCACCGACCGUCCACUGGAUCUACGGACCCUCCGCGUGACACUGUUCCGCGUCUUCGCCACUUGGCUGUACACCGGCCAACUCGUUUUACCAGAGGAAUAUGCCUCAAAGCCACCACAAGCGACCAGGCUGGUGGCCAAGGCACCACACAAAGUCAUUGAGGCUGCGGGCACAUGGAGAGACGAGGAUCUGAUCGACCUGUACCUGUUCGCGUCGCGGUACGAGCUAUGGGAGCUGGCCAAUCUUGCCAUCACGCGUCUGUGGAAACAAAACGACCAAUACUGCAGGACCACCGCACUACCCGCCAUCGAAAGAGCGUUCGCGGCGGGUGCCUUUGGAUGGGACGACAGUCUUGGCUGCUCCGGGCCGAAUCAGAAGCCGUAUGUGAUGCGCUUGCAAGACUACCUGUUGUUUGAAGGUGCGCGUCGACUUGGAGACAUCAAAGACUCCUGGCUAGACCUCAUGCUCACGACGCACCUGUUUCCGCCCCCGUAUAAUCGAGCACUGCACGCUCGAUACCACGAGUCACCGAGAGCCAUCGAAAAGAGGCACCACGACAUGCCGGAGCCGUUCUGGGAGUACGAGCCGUGCUAUUUUCACUGCCACGAAGAAAAGGAAGAACAAAAGAAGUGCGCUGCUCGGGAUGCAUUGUCACUACCAGACUCUCCCAACGUGGUUCCUCGACCCUCACCUGUGGUCAGCCCGACAUUUCACACCCUCCUGCGCGGAGUGUGCACCGUCUUGGUGGGCCGUGGUCAAGUAUCUUUCACCUUACAUAAAGAGCUCGCAUGCCACGUCUCCGACUUCUUCAGGGACACUUUCGGCGAUGCAUGGCAUGGACCGCCAAACGACACCAUUCAGCUACCUCAUGAACAGCCUCGAGACUUCGCACUUUUCGCAUCCUGGCUUUAUUCAGCCGAGAUCUGUCUUCCGACACUGCAAGAGGUACGCGGCACGGAUGGCCUGCCUGCCCGCCCCAAAACACCCAAAGGAAAGGAUCGGGUCCGUUCCGACGAGGACGGAAACCAGACGAACCACGAUUCGGGCGUCGAUGUCUCCUCCGAGACUGAUGCCUGCGAAGCUGCCAAACUGCGCAGCAUUCGCGAGAUGGCCGACGAUGACUCUGCGGACGACGAUGAGACGACCGCCGCCCGUUGUGCUCGAGAGCCGGAUGCCGAUCGCGAAACCAAUGAAGCACGCUUCCUCGUUCGAAAGCACCAACAAGAUCUGAUCCGAUUGUACGCUUUCGCCAUCCGUAUGAAGAUCCCUGCUCUGCGCAACGCCGUGAUGGAUAAGUUUGUCGAACAUCGAGAGAGCGGAAUUCCGUAUGCGAGCUCAUCACCUGAAAUCCUUCGCCUGGCCUACAAAAUGAAUCCGCCAAACUCUCUCAUUUGCAGCUAUCUCAUACAAGAAGCCGCUUUCACGUUCCGAGGUCUGCCGCGCGACAAGUCGGGCUACGCGCAGCUACUGCCACCACAGUUCCUGCAUGAUCUCCUGGAGUAUCAGUUCACUCGCGGCAUCUUCCCAAAACUCAGAGAGCAUGUUCCUAGCUGGCGCGUUGAUCUCUGUGAGCUUCAUACCCAUGCCACGGAGGAGGAUGCAUCCGCGUGCAAGGCCAGAAAUUCUGAAUGGCAACAAGCGCUGCGAGAAAAGGGCAGUACCUGGGAGCCCAUUCGAAAGGAGUUCGGCCAACGCCAAUCUUACGCUGCAGCACAGCCAAACGUCGCGGGCAGGCGCAUUGAGCGCACCCCAACUCCACGCGGCUCUUCGAGCAGGGAAUCGCCAGCUCGCCGCCCUGUCGCCACACCGCCCGCCACUGACAUCCCCAGUAGCAUGUCACCAACAUUUGCGCCUACGAUACCUCCCGCUGGUGCUCCGCCAGCUAUCCCGAGACCCGUCAGCAUCAUGAGUCAGGCAAGCUCAAAUAUGUCUUCAAUAUCGUUGUUAGAGACUCAGCGCACUCCGCAAGCGAAGCGCCCAGAAUCUUUCAGAAAAGACUCGGCUGUCACUUCUAUGGAGAUCAAAAUCACACCGCCACGUCCCGAUUCCAUCUCAUCGGCAGACGAUGCUGACGAAGAAGAGGAUACUGAUAUCACUCCACCGCAUACUCCCAUCAAAGAUGCUCACUACCGAACCGCCCCACCGAUCCCGCAUAAAGCUUCAUACAACGAACUACACGAUCUUCAGCGUGCUCUGCCACCCUGCUUUGGACCCCGCAGCCGUGCUUCCACCUUCCAUGCAAACCCGAAACUAGACUUGCGUCGGUCAGGCAUCGACGUGCUAGCUUAUCGCGCGCCAGAUCCUCCUCCUCCGCCGCCUCCAGCACCGUCGAGAGCUUCACAGCCUCCUCCCUCAGCACCAACCAGAGCUUCGCAGCCACCGCCCCAAACGCAACAGGCUAGAGCCGUGCAUUUCAGCCGCAAUCGGAUCACGACGACUGUGAAUCGCUUGCGCAAUCGCCCUUUCACGCACCCGAAGAGUCCUGUGAGUAGCAGUAGUGGAGAGAAGGAACAUGGACCGGGCGAGGAGAGUGAGGCGGCGAAGACUUUACGGACCAUGAUUGAUUCAUUGAAUCCGCUGUGAAAAUUGAACGAAUGAGUGAACGACGAGCGCAAAAUUCGAAAUUUCUUUUGUCCUAUAUCUCUUAGGAGGUUUCGAGUUGAAACAUCGAACGACUAUCUGUACACUAGCUUCUGGGCACCACUUUACGCUAUAGCUUCAAGUAAAAGAGACGGCCGCUUUGAAUUGUAUGGUCUCACAUAUCAAGGUAGCUUUCGGCUUGCAGAUGGGUCAGACUUUCAUCCAAGGAGAUCCUAAACCUCUCC